AUGAGGAAGCGGCCGGCAUGCCACUGGACCUUUGUUGCCACGCUUUUGGCUGGAAGCUGGCUUCACAACAGACCUGAGCCCAGCAUUUGUGGCAAAGUGGCAGCGAGGGCAAGGAGGUGUUCGCAUACCUUUCCCCCGCGAACAGCGUCGGUUUCUGGCUGCCGCAGUCGCACAAACCGAGUUCGAGGUGGAUUCCGUAAGCGAGGAGGACGCUUGCCGGAUCGCACUCCAGAUGAUGAAGCCAGACGGUUAACGGCCUACAUAUCGAGGGCACGUUCAACAUCGGAGUUGCUAACUCGAUCGGACGGAGCCUUGGAAAAUGCGGCCCUCUUCAACCAUGUGCACAUGUCUGCGGCGUUGACGAGGCUUUCGAAGUUCAAGAGAGCGCGCCAGUUUUACCGGUCCGAUGCGAGCAGCCCUGUGUGGGCGAAGCUUUGCGAUCGGCUGGACUCAAUGCUCAGGGAAGAUUCGCUACCACCGCGUCAAGUAGCUAACGUUUUCUACUCCGUCCAUGAGCUUUACGAAGAGAUGGACAGACAUCAAACACGGCUCCUGCCGAAGCUUUGCGACGCCGUUCGGGCGAAAGCUGCCGGCAUGAAAGCUCAAGAACUCUCCAAUUGUUUGCUGGCUGCUGCAAAGCUCCAAGAUACCUCGCGAGCGGUGCUGGUGGUGGUGCCAGCCCUUGCCAACUGCAUCCCGGACAAGGUGGCAGACAUGAUUCCCCAGCACUUGUCCAAUUGCUUGUGGGCAGCUGCAACGCUCCAUGAUGCAUCGCCAGAAGUGCUGGAGGCCGUGCCAGCCUUGGUGAAGUCCAUACCGGAUAAGGUUGAGGAGAUGAUUCCUCAGCACCUGUCGAACUGCCUGUGGGGAGCCGCGACGCUCCAGGAAGCAUUGCCAGAGGUCGUGACUGCCGUGCCAGCCCUUGCACAGCACACGCCGGAGCAAGCUCAAGACAUGAAGCCUCAAGAGCUAUCCAACAGUCUGUGGGCAGCUGCGAAGCUUCAAGAUGCAACACCGGAGGUGUUACUUGCUGUGCCAGCACUUGCAGAUAUCAUACCUGACAAAGCUCAACACAUGAAACCUCAGGAGUUGUCCAACACGUUGCUGGCAGUGGCGAAACUCCAGUAUGCAUCGCCAAAGAUGCUGGUUGCCAUGACAGCUCUUGUCGAGCACAUACCUGGCCAUGCGCAACGCAUGAAUGCACAGGAGUUGUCGAACUGCCUCUGGGCAGCUGCGAGGCUCCACGAUGCAUCGCCAGAUGUGUUGUUUGCCAUGCCAGCCCUGGCACAGCACCUGCUGGACGAGACGCAGGACAUGAUGCGUCACAGGCUGUGUCGGCUGCUGCCGGCGCCCUCGCAAAGCUCAUAG